AUGUCAGUACAUCCAAGAAACCAAGGUAAAGAUGAUUGUUGUGAAAAAACACAUCUUGAUAGUCAAUACUCUCCAGGUUAUUACUGGUUAGGUAAUAAUACAUUAAAAGUACCAUUAGUUUUACAUAAAGAAAAUAGACAAAGAUUAGUUUCUCAAAUUUUAUCAAAACAUAAAGAUCAAGUUAAAGAAAAUUCAUUUAUUUUAUUAGAAAGUGGUAAAUCAACAAUGCAAUAUGAUACAGAUCAUGAACCAUUAUUUAAACAAGAAAGAUACUUUUUUUGGACAUUUGGUUCAGAUAUUCCAGAUUGUUUUGGUAUUGUUGGAUUGGAUGAACAAGCAACUAGUAUUUUAUGUAUUCCAAAAUUGCCAGCUGAAUAUGCAACAUGGAUGGGAGAAAUUCGUUCAAAAGAAUACUAUAAAUCGAUCUUUUUAGUCGACCAAGUAUUAUAUGUCGAUGAGAUGAUGGAUUACUUAAAGAGUAAGAACGCAUCCACAAUCUACACCAUCUUGGGUACCAACACCGAUAGUGGCUCAACAUUUGUAGAACCACAAUAUCCAGGUUUAAGAGAGACUUUCAAUGUAAACAAUACUUUAUUAUUCCCAGAGAUUGCCGAAUGUCGUGUAAUUAAAUCACCAAAGGAGGUUGAGGUAAUUCGUUAUUGUGUCGAUGCUUCCGUUUCUGCACAUAAACAUGUCAUGCGUAAAGUCAAGGUUGGCUUAAAGGAGUACCAAUGUGAAAGUGAGUUCCUUCAUCAUGUUUACAAUGAAUGGGGUUGUAGAAAUGUUGGUUAUACUUGUAUUUGUGCCGCCAAUAAGAACUCUGCCGUCCUCCAUUAUGGUCAUGCAGGUGAACCAAACUCUGCCACCAUCAGUGAGAAUGGUUUCUGUUUAUUCGAUAUGGGUGCUGAAUAUCAUAGCUAUACCGCCGAUAUCACCUGUUCUUUCCCUGCCACCGGUAAAUUCAGUCCAGAACAAAGAGUUGUCUAUCAAGCCGUAUUGGAUGCUUCAGUAGCCGUUAUGGAAGCAAUGAGACCAGGCGUUUCUUGGGUAGAUAUGCAUAAAUUGGCUGAACGUUGUAUUUUAGCUGCCUUAUUGAAAGCUGGAAUUUUGGUUGGUGACCUUCAAGAUCUAAUUGCCAAUAAAAUUGGUUCAGUUUUCUUCCCACAUGGUUUAGGUCACUUCCUUGGUUUGGAUACACAUGAUGUAGGUGGUUAUUUAGGUGAUUGUCAACCAAAAGUUCAUUCACUCAGAACUACUCGUACCCUCAAAGCUGGUAUGGUCAUCACUUCUGAACCUGGUUGCUAUUUCAUCAAUCAUUUACUCACUCAAGCUUUAUCAAAUCCUGAAACUGCCAAAUUCUUUAAUCUCACCGAAUUAGAUAAAUAUCGUAACAUUGGUGGUGUACGUAUUGAAGAUGAUAUUUUAGUCACUGAAACUGGUUGUGAUAAUCUUUCAAAAAAUUUACCAAGAACUAUUGAUGAAAUUGAAGCUUUUAUGUUAAAAUAA